AUGGACAUUUUCGGGGAAUCGACGUCGACCCAGACCAAGAUUAUUGGAGUGCUCUCUCUGCUCUUCCUCUUUUUCGUGUUUCUCAUCAUGAUCACGUGGGACAGGUAUGGCAAAGAAGUGAGCGCGUUGUACGAAGCACGCCUGGAGAAUACAAGUCGGCCAGCAGAUCCCGACGACGACGAGUUCAAAGCGUACAAGAGCUUGCCCACGUUCUUUUACGAGUAUGCUAAAAAGAAGAAGUCAUAA